AUGGACUCGUUAUCCUUGCCACCGACAAUCCUCGAAGAGGUGAGGGAUAUUGCGCAGGCAGCUGGGUCGGUACAUCGACUGCUGCAUCAUCAGACGAAGAAGCAUCUGACCGAGCCAUUCCAUCCCGAUCUUCAAGCGCUAACUGGCCUCCUUCUCCGUCUGACUGGCGUGAUUCAUUCCCUAUUACUGCAUUUACAAGUUCUCAGCGAUGAGUCGCCGCAAAGCAAUCCUGCAAGCAACACCAAACUCGCCUGCUUGACCCGCUGUGCAGAUCUACUCAGUGACCUUCAAGAUCAGUGGCAAGAUGAUGAAGCAUCGAGAGAAGCAGACUUCCCUGGAGCGGCUAAUCUGAGACGUUUCCACGAGGAUCUCUUGGCUAUCUUAAUUCGGUUUGACAUAAGUCUUUACUCCACAACUUGGGAAGCAGCGGUUGGAACACUGUGGUGUUCAUUGCCAUCGGAUCAAGCUCCUGUUGAGGAAGACGAUGAGGAAGACGACCAUGCUUUCACGGUCAUAACUAAUCGCGCACCUCCUGAGGCUCAACCCCUGAUUCGGUCAAAUUGGGAAUAUCACCACAGCAACACCAAGUUACAAUGGCUGCUUGAGCAACGCUGCGAAGAAACCGGCGAGUGGCUGUUAGGAAUCGAUGUCGUCAAGCAGUGGCUCAGGGGCCAAUAUCGCUUUGUGUUGCUUUCAGGAUCUGCAGGUUGUGGGAAAACCUUCCUCACCGCCGCCCUGUUGAAGCAGCUCAGCGAGCAGUUCGGGACGCAUACUGUACCGCUCUGUUACUACUUUGCCAACCCUCAUGAAGCAAACGGACUUCGUGACAUCCUGCAGCCUUUGGUACUUCAGAUCCUGACCCAACAUCCAAAGGCAUGGCAAGUCUAUCUAAAUUUUCUUCUCGCCCGCGAGAUUCGUCUCGUCCAAGAACUCCGCCCACAACUCUCAUGCCUCGGAGAUGUGAAGCUGCUGGUUCCCCUGAUCAAGACCCUUCUCGGCCUGUCUAAUAAAGCCUACAUUAUCCUGGAUGGACUUGACGGACUUAUACCCGAGAUUGCUUCCAAGCUACUUGAAAUUCUUCUUGAAUGCAAAGGCCUUCAAAUCCUUGUGCUGAGUCGGCCACUGCCCCAUGAAACAUGGGACCGAAUUUGCCAGCAACUUGAAUCCAAAGCAACAGAAUAUGCCAUCCAUGAGAUAGGCUCGAAUCUUGAUGACAUUAAAGCCUACAUUAAGGAGGCUGCUGCUCAAACUAAAUACAACGCCUCAACUCCUCACAUAACACCAGAGGAGCUGGAGACCUUUGUCUUGAAGUCUAGCAGGAACUCACCAGAUUCCGGGGUGCAUUUUCAGCUGUCAAAAUGCCGCUUAUGGUAUCUUCAAAACAGAGAUCGCCUUGAGAAGCUGCAUUUGGAACUAGAUCAACCAAAACCUCCACAAUACACCCACAUGGAAGACUUUUACAAAGCUGUAGUAGAACUGGCAAAGUCCGACGGCUCAAACUUGCAGCUAGGAACACGCUCUGCUGCUGAUUUUCCUUCGACUGUAGCAGAGCGUUACAAUACAUUCAAGACAGCUCUUGAAUGGCUGCUUGUCAUAACCAAACUAGGAUCAGAAAUGUCCAGCAUGGCAUGCUCAAAGAGAGCAUUCUUUGAAGGGCUGUCUGUAGCACUUUCUCCCGAAGCAAAAUCACUGGAUGAACUCAAAUCAUCUCGUGAACUCGAAAGUCAAUACUGUUGGCUUUUUGACCUCUUUGCUCACGAGAUACAAGUGAAUUUCCCUGCUGAUCAAGUUCGGGGCGACCACGUUGAUACUAUGAAAUCAUACCGUUACUGCAUCCACAAUCGCAGUUUUCUUGAAUUUGCUCAGAGGAACAUCUGCCAUCUCGACUCGAGAAAGGGCGAAUCAUCCCUUGCUAUUGCCUGUCUCCGUUUCCUCAACAUGCCAGAUCAUAGUGUUAAACGCGACAAGCGCCAAGCACAGAUGAGUCGGCUCAAGCACCCUUUCUACGACUUUGCAGCUGCAUGGUGGCCAUUCAUCGGCAGCGGUUUUCUGCGACAGACCAAGUCGUUGGCACUGGAGCUGUUUAAAGAGUACUACAACUUUCUGAAUUGGUUGAAUGCAUAUUCACGAACCCACUGCGGGAACAACGGUCGUGGUAGGCUCCAAGGCCUGUCAUCCGAAGAUCCAACAGGAAACCCAGGCAUCUUUCGAAAACAUGUGCACACUGCUUUGAAUAUAGCAGUAAGCCUUGGUCUCUCGCCACUUCUGGCACCACUUGAUUCGUACAUUCAACAAUGCAGACAGCUCUACCCUAGGUUAUACGCUUCCAAGCAGCAAGCGGGCUCAGAACUGUUACAAAUUGCUCUCGUUGGCCCUCGCGUGUUGAUGACCGACACAGUCAGUUCUAGGGCAUUGGCGACCGUUUCUACUGUGGCUGGACCCACGAGUAUUGACGUGAGAGGUACAAUAGCAUAUGUGCUCAACCGUAACCUUGACCCUGAGGAGGAGGUUCAAAUACCAUUCUUGGGCGCGCAUGCGCUUUUAUUUUGUGCCGAGAUUCAAGACCUGAAACUGCUUAUCAAAAUAGCUGAGAGAUUUUCCGGCAAGACCUAUGGACGUGGUAUCAUAUACACUGAAUCUUUUGCAGACACCCUUGAACGCCUAGAUCCAGGCAGGUUUUUGGACUUUCAAAACGGCGUCUGCCAGUACAUCUUGGACUUUGAUGCUGCUCUCCAUGCCAAAGAACCGAAUUAUCAGUCGGACUAUGAAGAUGACAGCGAUCAAGAAGACACAGAUGAAGAGGAUGACAACAGUGAAAAAGACUACCGCUCAUCGGACCGAUGCACCCCAAAAUAUCUUACGCGGUUAGCGUGGAGGAUCGGUAGAAAAAACAAGCUUGAGUGCAUUCGGAUGGACGUCGACCGCCGAAUCGACUGUGAAGACUGGCAGUUUUUGGCCCUUUGGUCAAGGGCUCAUGAGGGUUAUCGAGUUGACUGGAUCAGACGCCUGUUGCAAGAUCCACGUCGACCCAUUAACAGGUCAAUAACCCACCCGACUGACCUUGACCCAUCCUUUUCAAAGGAACUUGGUCUGCAGACACCCCUUCAUUUGCUUGCCGAGAUCCCCUAUCCAACUCGAGACAUAAUUUGGUGGAUCCAAGCUCUCCUGGACCUUGGGGCCGAUGUCAGUGCUCAAGACGGCAGAGGAAGGACACCUCUGCACCUGGUUGAGUCGCCCGGGGUGCUUGAGAUGCUCUUGCGCUACGGUGCCGACAUCGAUUGUCGCGCCGAGGAUGGCAGAAGUGUGUGGCAUGUUGCUGCGUACAAUCAUGACGUGGUUAUAUUAAGGGCCCUCGCCAAACUAGAUCCCAAUCCCCUAGAAUCCUUGCGUGCCGUUACUACAAUCGGGCGCACACCAUUGGCAGAGGCUGUUUGGAAUUACCACGGCCCCAAGGGUGUAUUUGAAUCCUGCAUGAUAAUACUUGAAAUUUGUUCUCAUGAUGCUUUAUCCUUUGCCAGCGAUGUGCCAAUGAUCCACAUGGCUGCAAGAUGGGUGGAAGAGCCCCUGAUGUUCAAGGAGCUCGACAAAGCCGGAGCUCUGUGCCCCGGUGUCAUCGCAAGUGACGGCAGUACUGCGUACCAUUUUCUCGGUCCCUACGCCAGCCCAGAGUUUGUCAAGACACUGACACAGUCAUACGGCACCGACAACGACUUGCUUGUGAGACUUGACAAGAGAGGAUUGACGGCUUUUGAAUGCUGGAUUGACUUUUUCUGCGAAAAUGCUCGCAGACUAGCAAGUAUUGAUGAUCCCAUUCCUAUCCCGAACAAGAAAACCCGUUCUUGCGUUAUCGAUCUUUUGCUUGUUCCAAGUGUAGUUCAAAGCAAGGGCACAACGGGAUUGACUUUCUGGGAAAGAUUCUGCAGAAAUUCUCUUCACAAACUUUUUAGCCUGAGCAGUCUUCAACAUUUGAGGCAAUUCCCGGUAGCCUACAAUGAAUACGUCGGAGAUAUUCUCAAAGCAAUCUUAGCAUCUGGCGCCAUGGAGUUUUACGAAGAGCACAAAUCAAGGUGCGCACUGUAUGCUUUCGUGGAAAACAUAGUGCCACUGGACGAUUUGUUUGGUGAGGCGCAGCCAAAGUCCAUGGCGACGGACACCCUCUUCCGAUUCAUCGAACUCAUUUUGAGCAAGACAAAGCAUACAGAAGACCUGGAAACAAACCAUGCGAUGGCGGAUAUUCUUUGUAGCGCAGCGAUGCAUGGCUACAGGACUAUGGCCAUGUCCUUGCUUGCACGCGGGGUCGGCGUCGACGCGACCGGACUGCGGGGAGAAAGUCUCCGUGACAAGAUAGGCGAGAGCCAAGUGCCCGAACUCCUGGAAUACUUGAGAGUCUUGCCAUCUUGAAAUGGCCACGUCCAAGUACUGGCACUGGCUCAGUUUCAUGGAUGAUUUUAGCUUGGGGUGGGUAUCGCCUCUGUCGGAGACAAGUCGUUCUGUUAAAAGGUAGAGAUUAGGGACAAGCGGAAGGGGGCUGGGUCUAAGUGAGACUUUGUGUACAUAUAAUGGGGAAGAAUUUUGUUUCGUCAAGUAGACCCCUUUGUGCUGUUGACUUUUCAGGGCUUCACUAUCUAGGGAUCUAGCGACACUCGUCGCCGUGGAAUUGAGAAUGUUUCCACAUUCGCAAGCAAAAAAAAAAAAAAAAAAAAGAUCUCGUGGCUAAAACUAGUGUGG